AUGUACAUGUAUACCAACUCUGGGUGCCAGGACCUGCCAGGGACCAGAGAGGAGGAGGAGGAGGAGGAUGGUGAUGAUUAUGAGAACAUGGCGCCACCCUACAAGGAUCUUCCUCCCAAGCCAGAUUCACUGGCUCCACCAAGGCCUCCGAGAGCAGGAAAGAAAAUGGAGAACCCCCCACUUCCCUGCAAGUCCCCAAAGAUCAAAGGCCUGGACCUCACCCCUGUCCCCCGCACAUCUCCUCAACUGGGUGUCAAUCUGGAACAUCCUCCGUUCCAGUCAUCCCUAGCUAUAACUCCAGUGACCCACCUCAGUCAGAAGUCCAGGUGUCCUGGGUGCUACCAGGAGGAGAGACUGGUGGUGUACCUGUGCCUGCUGGUGGUGGUGUCACUGCUCCUGGGCUGCACUGGUCUGGCUGUGACCCUGAUUAAGUACCAGGAGAUGGUGGAAGAGCUAAAGAUAUUAACCUUUCAGCAGAUGGCGUGGCAAGCAAAUGUGACUGGCAUGGCGGGGAUAGCUGGCCUGAAGAAGGACAUUGACCACAUAAGAACUUACACCAACCAGUCCCUAGUAAAACUUCGGGGCUUAUUAGACUGUACCAAGGUCACCUGCCCAGAGGGUUGGCUACCCUUUGAGGGGAAGUGUUACUACUUCUCCCCAACCACCAAGUCAUGGGAUGAAGCCCGGAAGUUCUGCCAGGAGAAUUACUCUCACUUGGUCAUCAUCAGUAGCUUUGCUGAACAGCUUUUGGGACCCGGAGGAACCCAACAACAUCUAUGACGAGGAUUGUGCCAGCAUGAACAAAGGUGGCACCUGGAAUGACCUCUCUUGUGACAAGACUACAUAUUGGAUCUGUGAGCGGAAGUGUUCCUGUUGAAC